UUGUUGUUGUGCUCUGUUGGCAUCAACAGAGCUGUUGCUAUGGUAACAAAUAUAGCCAUUAUGACAUCAAAGUUACUAUGGUAACUAACUGGACAUUAUGACAUCAUCAACAGGUGAAAGCAAUUAUCCCAUUAUGACAUCGUCAACAGGUGAUAGCAAGUAACAUUAUGACAUCAUCAACAGCUGGCUUAAUACUGGUAUUUACCAGUUGUGAGCUCAGUUUGUCUUUAGAUAUUCACAAGACCAAACCUUAUUUUAUUCUUUAACCUAUAUUUUCAAAUAUACCUUAAGUUUUUUAUUCAAUCAAAUUUUUCAAAUGCAAGAAGAUUUAAAAAGAAACAUUUACAGACUACAGAGAAGUAAACUUGAUAAGAUUCAUCGAUUAGACCAUUUUUCUGGCUCUAUAACGAGGAGAACUCAGAAGAAGCGCGAGAUCUGUGCAGCAGUGAUGGCUCCCAGAUACAAUUAUUUCAUCUACAUUUUGAUAAUCAUUGGAAUGUUGAUACAGUCGUGUAAUUGUGCACCAGCUAUGCAAAUCCGAAAUUUCAAAGUUUUGCAAACACACCUGACCCUGAAGCCAGGUACCCGGCGCCUGGUACCCUGUAAAUUUCUACCAGUCCAUCCGCUAGACAUGACUAAAGUAAAACUGGAAUGGGGUAAACUCUCUUUAGAGGAAGGAAGAUACACCCCUAUCAUCCAACUGAAUAGCGAGGGAAUCAGAAGGAACCCAGAGAUCGGCCACAGAUUUGGGCUCUUUGUACCUCUUGUAAAGAAAGGCAACUGCACCUUGAUUAUCGAUCCCGUCGACGCCAAAGACACGGGCGUUUAUGAAGUAUGGAUGGCACUAGAUGGCAGUUUGCACGAAGCCUAUCCCAAAACCACAAUUACCAUUUCAGACCAAAAGCAAGCCUCAGGUGCCUCCCGUGCCAACGUUAAACCGACUGUAAUGGCGACAUCCAUAAUGAGUACAACUGCUGCCUCCAACCAAACUGAUUUUUUUGUUAUGCUACUUGAUCAUAAACACGGGAGGACUACGAUUAUUGUAGUGAUAGCAGUACUAUCAUUCCUGUCCGUAGCGGCACUGAUAACAACCGUUAUGUGUUGUAUCUAUUUUCUUGAUGAUGAUGAUGAUGAUGAUGAUGAUGAAAGCACGGAUGUUGAAGCCCCAAAGGAGGACACCCCCAAAGCAGCUCAAUGGAAGGAUAGUGUCCAAAUUGAGGAUGAGACAACGACUGACAGUCAGAGCGAAACGGAGGAAGAGAAAUCUAUGAAGGAUAGUGUCCAUAUUGAGGAUGAGACAACGACUGACAGUCAGAGCGAAACGGAGGAAGAGAAAUCUAUGAAGGAUAGUGUCCAUAUUGAGGAUGAGACAACCAGUGAUAGAUCGAAGGAAGAGGAGGAAGCAAAAUUUACAUCUGCUGAAUCGGAGUCUGAUAAAUCCGAUGAUUUGGAGUCUGAUAAAUCCGAUGAUUGGGAGACUUAUAAAUCCGAAAAAUCCGCCUCAGAAUAUGAAAGAGAAACGAGUUCAGAAGAGGAAUCAAGUGAGAAACUCGGUUAGGCGGAUGAAAGUGACUAAGAAGACUUGACAUGUUUAAUCAGCCUCAGCGGAUAUAUCUUCAGAAUAAAUAA